GAAACAACAAACAGCCAAUCGUCGCUGGAAUUUCACGCCACUCGCUUUCUUCCACCGCAUCUCACGUGCCCACCGCCCGCUCGAUGCAAUUCCCCACUCGCCCACCAACCUCCCCGUGCCCGAUGGCCACCACCGCCGUGGCGUCCCCCUCCACCUCCACACCGUCAACUCCCCUCCUCCCCCGCCGCCGCUCCCUCCCUCCCGCCUCCACGCCCGCCCGCUGCCGCCUCCUCCCCGCGCCGCCGCGGUGGCGCGCGCGCCUCGACAUCGCGCGCCGGGUGGCCGUCGGCAGCGACGUGUCCUCGUACCCUGACGUGGCCGCCGAGGAGGCCGCCGCCGCGCGCAAGGUCGGGAAGCGCGUCCGCGUCACGGCGCCCGUCCGCGUCCACCACGUCGCCAAGGCGCCGGGGCUGGACCUGCGCGGCAUGGAGGGCGUCGUCAAGCAGUACGUCGGCGUGUGGAAGGGCAAGCGCGUCACGGCAAAUCUCCCCUUCAAGGUGGAGUUCGAGCUCAAGCUGGACGGCCAGGAAAAGCCGGUCCGGUUCAUCGCCCACCUCCGCGAGCAAGAGUUCGAUAUCGUCGGAGACGAGUAGAGCUCUUGGUUACAGAAUAACGCGCUCUCAGCGGCGGCCGUGGCAUCUGUAUACUAUCGUGUCUGUGCGAGAGGAGGAGGUUAAUCGAGGGUGUGAGGAGAUUGCAACUUUGCAAGUAAGUUGCCGUUUGUUUACUUGUUUGG